AUGGACAUGACUUCCGACCCCCCCUUCAGCCCCCACGACCCCAAUCGCCCGGAUGCAUCCAUAAACGUCGAUGCAUCCCUUACAUACUGGAACAGCGUCUCCUCGGACAACAAUGGCAUGCUCGGCGGCUAUCCCCAGACCUCGCGCAUCGACCUACAAGGCUCAUCCAAUUUCCUCACCAAACUUCGCCGGCUGCGAUCACAGGCUUCUCCGAAACAGCCUUUGCCACCACUAGACCGUGUUGCAGAUUGUGGUGCGGGCAUAGGCCGCAUAACCAAAGGCUUGCUGUUGCCUGUUGCGCAGCGGGUCGAUGUUGUGGAGCCGGUGAAGAAGUUUACAGAUGAAUUGGUGAACAGUCUUGGAAACGGCGAGUAUGCGGGCGAUGGAGAGGCAACGGGAGAUAAGGGGCAGGUGGGCGCCGUUAUCAAUCUGGGGCUGCAGGACUGGAUACCAGAAGAGGGCGCGUACGAUCUGAUAUGGAACCAGUGGUGUUUAGGACACCUAAUGGAUGCACAGUUGGUUCUAUAUCUGCGGCGGUGUGCGGCUGGUUUAAGAAAGCCAAGGGAAAGGGAAGACAAGGUUGCGGCUUGGAUUGUGGUCAAGGAGAACCUGUCGACGGAUAUUAGGCACAAGGAUAUAUAUGACGACGAGGACUCGAGUGUGACACGGUCGGAUGACAAGUUUAGGAGAUUGUUCCAGGAAGCAGGUCUGAAGAUCCUGGCUACUGAAUUGCAGAGGGGCAUGCCGAAAGAUUUAUUUCCGGUCAGAGUGUAUGCGCUUAGGCCAGAGUGA